GUCAAAUGAACAGAGAUUCUUCUGUCACCAGAAAUGCUCACAGAAUAUUUAAAGGUUGCCCAACGGUGACAAAUCCUGAUCCUGUUCAAAGGACGAGAUGACGCCCAUUGCCGUUCAACCAAUUUCGACUACGAAGGCUUCGCAUCCCAUCAUCAAGACCCUAAUAGAACAAGGAAUCGCUUUCGUUCGCGUCCAAUGGGUCGACCUCACCAAUCUAAUCAGAUGUCGCGUUAUACCGAUAUCCUCUUUCGAUAAGCUCCUCCAGUCCGAGCGACCAGCCAUAUCCAUUACCAAGGCCGUGCUUGGGUUGGUAGGCUACUGCGUUGCGGAGACCUUUAACGGUACCGGUGUAUGGUCCUACCUGUUCGACCUGACCUCGUUAAAGCUAUGCCCCUACGCUCCACGUCAUGCAAGUGUCAUGGGCUGGUUCCAUGAGGCAAGCCCUCCUCCAGCAAAAGACCUUGGGAUCAGCAUUUGCCCUAGAACCUUGCUCUCCAAAGUGGUGGCCAGCAUUCGACAAACUCAUUCCGUCGAUCUCUUGGUUGGAUUCGAGACAGAAUUUGUCUUGAUGAAUCCGGGAUCCCCGGGACCUGUUGGAUACCGCGCUUAUUCCACCACAUCUGCUCUGUACACUGGGCUCUCCGAAGCCGUCAUAUUGGAGGAAAUCGCUGAUGCGUUGCAAUCCUCUGGCAUCGAGGUGCAGAUGUAUCACGCAGAAUGUUCCCAGGGCCAAUACGAGGUCGUCACCGGCCCACUGCCUCCACUGCAGGCCGCAGACGCAUUGGUCCAUACUCGAGAAACAAUCUAUAACGUUGCCAACAAACACGGACUCCGAGCCACUCUCGCACCCCGCCCAUUCAAAGAGUCAGCGGGAUCCGCCAGUCACCUUCAUUUUUCCGUCCACUCCUCAGAAACCAACCUUCAAAAGACAGUUUCAAUUGACGGAGUCCAGCUUCGCCAAUGCGAGGCUUCAUUCAUAGCCGCUGUACUUGACCACCUCCCAUCUUUGGCGCUGUUGACCUGUCCCACAAUUUCUUCCUAUGGAAGGAUGGAAGACGGGAUUUGGUCUGGCGGUACCUACGCCUGCUGGGGUGUAGAACACCGAGAGACCCCGAUCCGCGUGUGCCAUCCCACUUCUCCGGCCGCCCGAAACUUCGAACUGAAGAUGAUCGAUGGCACCUCGAAUCCUUAUCUCGCCACCGCUGCUCUCAUUGCUGCAGGUUCGGAGGGCAUCCGCAAUCACCAAAAUUUAUCCCAAAGGCCGCUCCAGGGAGCUUCGAGCGCGAUCGAAAUGACGGCUUCGCAACGGGAAUCCUAUGGAAUCUCAAAGCGACUCCCACUCAACCUCCAAGAAGCUCGACAAGUGUUCCAAUCAAACACGUACCUGCGAAGGGUGUUGGGAGAAGGCUUCGUGAAUCCCUACUUGCAUGUUAACGACUCUUGGAACGCACACAUUUCCUCUCAAGGCGACGACAUCACCACGAAGAUAUAUUAAUUCGACCACUUCCUUGGAUGAAAUACAGUGUAUUUGGUCCUCAAGUCAAGUCCGUUACCCGCGCCCGUCGAAGUCACUUUUGCACCGAAGAC